AUGUCGUCGUGCAACAUCACGCAUCGGACCAGCAGCCCGAAGCAUCCUCAAAGCAACGGCGAAGCAGAACGCGCCGUGCAGACUGCCAAACGACUCAUCCGUGCGCCAGGUGAUCUACAGCAGUCCCUCUUAGCGUAUCGCUCCACACCCCUGGCCAACGGCUAUUCGCCCGCCGAACUCUUGUACGGCCGCAGGCUCCGCACCAAUCUUCCGUGCCCACCUGAUCUCCUGCAACCCUCCUGGCCAGACAUCACCGCUCUCCGGGCCAAGGAGCAGGAGGCUAAGCAUCGUCAAGAAGAUCACUUCGAUCAACGCUUCGCAGCCAAGUCGCUCUCCCCUCUGCCACUGGGAGCGAAAGUGUGGGUCGACGACAAGCGCGAGGGUACAGUGGUUGAGCAACUCACCGAUCGCUCCUACAACAUCGCCACCUCAUCCGGUCUUCUGCGCCGAAACCGUCGUGCAGUGAAGUUGCUCCAGCCAGUGACUCCUCCCGGACCGGUGCCAGCAGUACCACCGGCCGCGCUAGUCCCGCAACAACAGCCUGUGCCUACAUCACAGCCAACUCUGCGUGCCCGCAACAACAUCCAGCCACCGCAGAGAUUGAUCGCUACCAUGUAA